GCCUGCCUUGAACGUGUUUUCGAUUCAAAUCUCUUUCACGCUACUCUGGACGUUACGUCGUUCUGUUUGUUGACCGAUUAUUAGUUUUUAUCAACGAAUUCUUCAUUCAGUAAUUAAAAAUGGUUGAAAGCACUGAAGCUGCUCCUGCAACGCCAAAAAAAACCAAAACUGCGAAGGCAAAAAAACCGAAAGUUGCGCCUUCUCAUCCACCCGUCGCAAAGAUGGUUCCCGCGGCUAUCACUGCCUUAAAAGAAAAAGGAGGCUCAUCGCUUGCUGCAAUUAAAAAAUAUAUUGCCGCCAACUACAAAGUGGAUGCUGAUAAAAUGUCACCUUUUAUCAGAAAAUACCUCAAAUCUGCAGUCGCUGGUGGGAGUCUCGUACAAACCAAGGGCAAAGGAGCCAACGGAUCUUUUAAAAUCAGCACUGGUACUAAAGAAAAGAGCAGCUCUGCGCCCAAACCUAAGAAGUCAGCAGCGACCAAGGCAGCCAAACCUAAAAAGGCUAAAACAGCUACUCCUAAAAAAGCAGCUAAACCUAAGAAAACAGCCGCCGCCAAACCUGCGGCUAAGAAGAGUCCUGCUAAGAAAGCAAAACCUGCAAAAAAAGCUGCUUCUCCGAAGAAACCCAAAGCAGUGAAAUUAGCUGUAAAACCUAAAAAAGCCAAGGCUUCACCUAAAAAGAAAGCAGCCCCCAAAAAGGCGAAGAAGUAAAUGUGAGACCAACUUCUUUUUCAAAUUGUCACUGGACGUUGACAUUUUUUUUUCCUUCGUGAACUGUGUUAUCGUUCGAAGAUGGUUAAUUUAUGGACUUGAAACUGUGUAAACAUCUUUUGAAAGGUAAAUUAUUAUUACUCAUAUGUACUAAUGUUCAUGACUAUUGUCUUUCACUGAAAUGUGCAUAUUUUUAUUAAAUUUUAAUUGAAUUUUAGCACAUAUUCAUCUGCAUCUUUCAUUAAUUCAUGUGUAUUAUAAUUUGAUAAUCUUCAUGUAUCAUCAUUCGAUUUUCAUCCUUUUUAUGUUACGAGGAACAGCAAAUGUUGUGUAUUGAGUAGUGUAAUUUUUUUUCUUUUGUUUUGUUUAGAUAGCUCUGUUAACGCUGUUUUUGAAGUUGCAUGUGUUCUGAACAUCAAUUUAUAAAUUGGCAUUUUAAUGUUGCAUAUCACAUUCUCUAACCAAACUUAAUAUUCUAUGGUAUAAUGUUUAUUGUUAAACAAAAUUUUCCUUUAUUUAUGGUUUAAAUAAAGUUAUAUUUUAUGGAA